AGCUUCACCUUCUCCUUUCAUGUGACCACUUCCUGUCACAUCGCAGAGGCCUAAUCAAUCAAUCAGGCUCGUUAGGCGCUGUGCUGCGUCCCCUCGCUGCCUGACCCUGAGUGACAUAUUUGAUUAUUAGCUAAACGUCAUGGACUCGACGGUAGCGUGUAAUGAUAUGGACAAGGAGGGCGACUCAACUGAAGAUUUCGGCGGUCCAAGCCUGCUGUGUGAGGACCUGGAAGAUCUGGAAACAAAGGACAGUAAAGAGAAGACGAGCAGAGGAAGGGAAGGAGAUGAGAAUGCGUUAAAUCAGAGAGAUAAUGAAGAGACGAGAGGGGAGACGGCGCAUGAAGAGAGGAACGAGGGGGAGGAAAAAGGAGAAAAUAAAGUUGUUGUGUCAGAGAAGGAACUGAUGGAGACGGAGGAAGCGGAGCAGGUGAAGCCUGAGAGAAGCCUGCCAGCGGAGGAUGAGGCGGCAGCACAGGAUGUUCAGAUGCAAGAUAAAGAGGCCGAGAUUAGCAAUGAAACAAUUAUUGAUAAGCGAGUGAGUAAAAAUAAGAAAGUUACAGAAAAGAAAACUGUGCAGAAAAAGAGCAGGAAGAGGCGAGGCAAGAAGCAAAAUGAGCACGUGAAAACCAGGAAAGGUGGAAAGGAGGAUGUCAGUGUGAUGUUGGAGGAGGAAAAGAAAAGCGAGACCCAGGAAGUCUCAGUGACGGCGUCAGAGGAGAGCUCAAUUCAGUUUGAUCCCUCAAUAGGCCUGAUUAGUAGCUGUGAGCUGUCUGAUCCCGUUUAUCUGGGUAUGGAGACGACUGGGCUGUACUGCCCCCCGGACCCUGUCCCAGUACUGUACCCAGCCCAGCCACCAGUCCCGAUCCAGUCUGCAGCGCCGACGUCACACGGUGGGACAAAACGACCCCACAGCCCCUCUCAGCCUCAGUGUCUACCCCAGAAGAGCUCCCAACCGCUCCAGAUAGAGAUAAGUCAAGUGUACUCCACCCGACGCUCCAUCCGAUACAGCAACAGAGGCCGAGGUCGGGCGCUCAGCUGUCCUCCGCCGCCAGGGUCCGAGUUGUUGGACUGCGUCCCACUACCACCUGCCCCGAGGAAGAAGACACGGACGCUCUACAGUACAGACCAGCUGGAGCAUUUAGAGGCGUUGUUCCAGGAGGAUCACUAUCCUGAUGCAGAGAAGAGGAAAAUUAUUGCUGCGUCAGUUGGUGUUACCCCUCAGAGGAUUAUGGUUUGGUUUCAGAACCGCAGGGCGAAGUGGAGGAAAGUGCGUUCAAUUACAGCUAAGGCUGAAACUGCACUGAGCAGAGUUGAACCCAGUACGAAUAGUCCAAAUCAUAAAAUCAAUCCUCAUUUAGCUAUGCUGACAUCCAGCAGGAAAGGAGUGCCUUCUUUUUCUGGCCAUAUUGCAGCUUCAGUACAACAGAUUGGCUCUGCAGCUGCUUUUCCCACACUGUCCACUCAGACGACAUCCUCCUUCAGUAGCCUGUUGGAGAGUCUUAACAGCCCAGGUCAGAGUACAGGGAGAGAAAUGAGCUCGGGGAAUUUGCCAGAGUAUCAUCACCCCCGUCCCAUGCACAGCCCUCCCCCCCUGCGACGGGCCAGCCUCCCUCUUUUUCCUCCUGUGUUUAACUCCGUCACACCGUCUCUCCUCAACACCCCAGCCCACACCCCACCUCUGUUUCUCGAUGCUCUGGAGAGCGGCGGCUCCUUGGCUCAUUUCGACACCCAGUCUCACCAGAAUGACACCAACUCACUCUUUGACUUUGCGGAGAAGCUGAGCCAGCAGAGCAACUCCUUGUCUUACCAGCUUCAAAACUCCUUUCCAACCAGCCAGCAUCAGCCUCAAACAUCUGUACCCCACAUGGCCUACCUUACUCCAUCGCCCUACCUCACCCCCAACCCUCCAGAUUCCAACCCUACCUCCUACCUUACGUUUGGACCUGGAGGAAGCUCGGCUGGACUUGUCACAUACUCCACAGGUGGUCACGCCUACUUUCAGUCCCAGAGGACCGGACAGAUCCUGCUGCAGCCAACCGGCCACCAUGGUGGGGUGGCAUCGUACCAGUCGUAUCCGUGGAGUAACUUGUACAGUCAGCCGGGCGUCCACCAGCGCACCCAGUGUCCCUCCACCUUUACAGCCAGCUUGGGAUCCAUUCGAGACCACCAGACCCCCUCUACCUCCAGCCUGCCUGUCCAUCCUGGCUUUCAGGUGGGGGAGCAUAACCCUUCACAUACAAACGUGCAGCAAGCAGCAGAGACCCAGUCAGACAUUCCCACCAGCACCACCAUCCUCCCACCAGUGUCCACUCUGCGACCCUCCUGUCUCAGAGCUGAGACUACUCCGACUGGUUCUUCAUCACUGCUUCCUUCUCAGGUCAGCGGCACAUCUCCUCAAAGCCCUUCAGCUCCCUCUUGUGUUAAAUUGGAGUAUGACAGCCCUCAAGAGAUUCACAGUCAUUUCCACUGUGAUUUUUCCCCAAUACAGUUUUGAAUCCAUGUUUGAGUUUGCCAUGUGUGUAAAUAGUGUAACAUUUUUGUAUAUUUUGUAUUAUUAAUAUAGUCUUCUCAGUGGAAAUGUUUGUAUCUUAAUACUCUGUUGGGCUGCGUAAAGCUCAGCUCCAAUAAAUGCAAAUGGAAAGGUUCAUUUUAUGUGUUUAAAUUGCAUUUAAAGCAGGUCUGCUAACAAAUCAUAUACAUUUUUAUUCAAGACAGUUUUGUUUUGGAACUUAUGUGCACAACUUGGUUCUUAUCCUGUAAAUCAUAGCAAGCAAGCACAAAUUUCCUUGUUUAUCUUGGGUAUCAUAAAGGCAGAUUGGUACUGAGCUAGGACAUGCUAUUAAAAGAAAGGUGCAAACAAAUACAAAAGCAAAACCUUAUAUAAUUCUGUUUUUAUUUUAUUCAGAUUUAAAAUAAGAAGUAGGAUUGUUCGAUGCCCAUUUUGAAAGUUUACAUAAUCUACUAUGGUGUGAGGCAAAGUGGUUGG